UUGAUUUUUUUGGGGAAAAUUCUUUGAACAAUUUUUGAAAAAUGUUGAACAUUUUCGGGAACAAUUUAUUUUUCGUUGUUUUCUUCGUGGGGUUCAGUGCUGCUAUUUACAUCGCUAAAGAAGAAUGUCCACCAAAUGAAGAGUAUUUACUUUGCGGCUCUGCGUGCCCCUUCAACUGCUCGAACCCUCAGGGGCCAGUCCUCUGUACCGACGCCUGUGCCGAGGGGUGUUACUGCAAGUCCGGGUACCUGAGGAACGAUAACGGCACCUGUGUUACUAUGGACCAGUGUGUUGGCAAGGACGAGGUCUGCGGCCCUAACGAAGAGUUCCUAUCCUGUGGCACAGUGUGCCCACUCACUUGCAAGCAGCCAGAGCCUCUAGUCUGCGGGCUUGCAUGCGGGAUGGGUUGCUUUUGUAAAUCGGGAUACGUGCGGGAUACCGCUAACGACAAAUGCGUGACGCCCGAUCAAUGUCCUGUUGAGCAAUGCUUGAAUCAAAAUGAAGUCUACGAUUUAUGCAACGCCGCUUGCGAUCCAUCUUGCGAUGAUCCAGAGCCGAUUUGUACUAGAAUCUGCAAGGGAGGCUGCGUGUGCGCGUCGGGACUCCUGCGCAACUCCGCCGGCGAGUGUGUGAGUGUAGACAAAUGUGGAAACUACACAGACGGUGCCCUGUCACAAUAUAUGAAUGUUAUUAAUAAGAUUCUACAUUUGUAAGGUUUA